AGGUUACUACUCUCCGAGCGCGGAAAUCCUCCCGGAGCUCCGGCAGCGAGUCCGAGCGGCCGCGGGUUCACACCUGACCGGAUCCGGCCCGCGAUCAGCAGCGCCGCCGCGAUGUUGAGUUUAGGAGGCGGAGGAGCGAAAUCCAGCAAACCGUCCUUCGUGUCCUACAUUACUCCCGAGGAAAUAAAGUCUGAGAAGGAACCACCAAAGAAAGAGAGGCAUCCAAACUUGCUACCAGGGGAGGUAGUGUUCUGUAGUGCAGACCCCAUCCUCAAACACACCCAAGAUGACGUGUCUCAGCGGGGCAUCUUCGGCACACUUCUGUGCACCAACUUCAGAGUGUCGUUCGUCAGUGACGAGACACCGCUGGAGGAGACGGCACAACACUUCAAGAAUAAGCUGUAUGGAGAAAAUGACAUUCCUCUAAUGUGUGUGGAUCACAUCUACGGAGUUUACGAUGAGAAGAGGAAGAUGAUAACCGGAGGAAUGCUGAAAAACAAAUAUCCAUCCAAAAUGAUCAUUCACUGUAAAGAUCUGCGUGUCUUCCAGUUCUGCUUAACUUUCACCAAAGAAGAGGAUGCCCGGAAGAUCUUUCAUGGUAUUGCUCACCACUGCCUGGAGCCAAAGUCACUGAAGUGUGUCUUUGCAUUCUCAUAUGCUGUCUCAAGAAGUCCAGAGAUGCAGAGAUCACAGAGGACCGUUAUGUUUGACUCAAAAGAAGACUGGGCCCAGGAAAUGAAAAGGACCAAAGGAAACUGUAGAAUAGUAACUGAAAAUGAAGGCUUCAAACUGUCUACACGACUACCCAAGUACUUUAUCAUUCCAUCAUCUGUCACUGAUGAAGAUUUAUUCAAAUUUCAGGGGAAAGGAUUACCAAUAUGGUGUUGGUCUCAUCAUAGUGGCUGUGCUUUGUUCAAAGCCUCCACUUUGCCUGUGCCGCAGGAAGAUGGGGUGAUACAAAGAUACAUGGAAAGAAUGCUGGAUGCAGCAGCCCAAACCCACCUUUACUCUUUAAAAAUAGAAGAUCUCUCAGAAACGCUUCCCACCGUCCAAGAUAUUCAGCAGUCUUACGCCAAGUUCAAGCAGUUUUUUCUCAUUGACAAUUCGACAGAUUUUUGGGUGUCUGAUGUGAAGUGGUUCUCCUCUGUGGAAAACACAGGCUGGAUGGAUAUUAUCAGGAAAUGUCUUCAAAAAGCUGUUGAAGUGGUGGAGUGUCUUGAAAAAGAAAACACAAAUAUCCUCAUAAUGGAGGAGGAAGGUACAGACCUGUGCUGCGUCAUAUCCAGUCUGGUUCAGAUCAUGCUGGAUCCUCACUACAGAACGCUGACAGGAUUCCAGGGCCUGGUGCAGAAAGAGUGGGUGGCAGGGUGCCAUGCCUUCCUGGAUCGAUGUAAUCACCUCUGUCAGAAGGACAAGGAGUGUCAGUCUCCAUCUCCGAUCUUCCUGCUCUUCCUGGAGUGCGUGUGGCAGCUGGUUCAGCAGCAUAGUCCGGCCUUCCAGUUCUCCGAGACAUACCUGACUGUGCUGUCCGACAGCGUUCACGUACCCGUCUUCAGCACGUUCCUCUUUAACUCCGCCUACCAGAGGGAGAGCACUCUGAAGGCCGAGUCACAGCACCCACAAAGAGGCCCAUUGAACUGUCCUGCAGUGUGGGACUGGUCGGUGCAGUUUGACUGCAAGGCCCAGGAGCUCUUCCUUAACCCUCUGUAUGCUGAUAAGCUGAAGCAAGACAAAGUCCUACGCAAGGUUCCUCGUCCCAAGCACCAGCGCCAGUUGUCCUUGCCCAGCUCUGCCUUCAAAACUCCACCUAAAAAGGGCUUUUUCAAGGAUGAGACGGAGAGUCUGAAGAAGAUGCUCAGAGUAAAACGCAUCAGUCGCUGGAUGGCUUCACCUGAUUCUCCAGCAGCGAACACGCGUGAGUUUUACGAGGCCUGGCAGCGUCGCCCUCUGGAUCAUCACGGCCUGCUACUGCCCUGGCUGGACGGGCCUGCAGUGCGUCUGUGGAUGCAGCGGUACCUCCGCUGGAUCCCUGAGGUGCAGAUCCUGGGUGGAGGCCCGGUGGCGGUCACCAACAAGAUGGCUGAACUCCUGGUACAAGUACAGGAGCUCAGAAAGAAGCUGGACCUGAAGGGCUGCUUGCAGCCAGAAGCAGAGCGGGUCCAGCUGCAGCCCCGCCCGCUGGCUCUGGCUCGAAACUCGCUGCGCCUGUCCUCCGCCUUCCCUUUCGCCUCCAGCCGUAACUGGACUUUCAAGCCGGUCAUUCCCACAAGUCUGCUGCAGAGCUUAAUGCUGACCGACAAGCUAGCCAGCCAAGAGGAUGAGACCACCGAGGUUAUAAGCUUGGUUUAGGAGACAAAGAUGCGUAUGUAUGUAUAUAGCAACAUAGAUUAAAGUCAUAUAUAUAUUCCAGGCUAUAGUGGCCUUAAGCAGGUGCAGUGCAGAACAACAUACUUAGUAAUAGUACCAUUCGUGCCCUACUGUAUCAAAUCACAACACUUGAACUAAAGCUUAAGAUCAAGGUCUAUAUAUGUAAGCAUUACAUCAAUAAUGGCAUGUUCCCUUUUUUAUUUGACUGCCAUAUUCUAUAUUCAGGUUGGCACAUCAUCACUUUUCUAUAGAAUGGGAUAAUCAUUCAUAGCAUCACACAAAUUCUAAUAUUUACACUACCAUUCAACAAUUUAGAAAAACGUCCCAUUUGGUCACAGACACAAGUUUACCAGGAACAAUAAAUUAUUCAAAAUUUAGACUCAUGGACAAUAUUUGAGAAACACAGACAGAGGUAGUGUGUAAUGCAUGAGUGGCAAAAUCCCAGAUGAAGUUAUAGAGGUUCAUCAUGGUGUCUUGCAGUAAUCAUUACCAUGCAGCUUGAAUAUUCUCCUGUAGAUUGUUUUAUUUCUGUUUUUGUAUCCCAUUUUCUCCCCAGUUCACAAGGCCAAGUACCCAACCCACUCAUUAGGACUCCCUCUAAGACUAGUGAUGCCUCAACACAGCAGGAGGGUAAAGACUAACACAUGCCUCCUCCGAUACAUGUAAAGUCAGACUCCCCCUCUUUUCGAGCCGCUGCUGAUGAACCAUUGCCGAGUAGCAUCACAGCAUGCUUGGAGGAAAGCGCAGCGACUCGGUUCCAAUACAUCAGCUCACAGACGCCUUGUGCUGCAGACAUCACCCUUUAAAGUGACGUGGGGAGAGAGCGCCAUCUACUCACCCAGAGAGAGCAAGGCCAUACAUGAACAGAAUUUGAACCGGCGAGCUCCCGAUUAUAGUACAGAAUUUCUUUUAAUUACAAAAUUACUGAAUUGGAAUUAUUUAAAUGGUGUCUAAAAUUUGAUAUAAUUGCCAGGUUUCCAAACGGGGAUUAAGCCAAGUUAUUACUUUCAAUUUAAAAAGAAAAAUUCACAUCACCAUGUUGUCCAGGACUGGGUGUAAUCCCUUGACUACAAUGCAGUAUGUUCCAAUAUGUUUUCCCCAUUAAAAGUGCUAUUUAAACGAGACUAGGCUCGUACUCAAUCUGCCUAACCAAAUAUAGUAGCUAUCAUUGCAUAUACAUUGAAAAUACAAAACUCAUUUUAAUAGCAAUUAUUCCAAACUUUUUCCAGGCUUAGUAAACUGUUAACUCUGUAAAUAACGUCUCUACAGUGAGAUUCCAAUGAUACAGUAUGCAGUACUUUGAAUUUUCGCAUUAGCUUAAGCUCGUGUUGUGCAGAUUUAAUAGCUAUUUGGUUGAUUUGGGCACUGAAAGGAUAAGCUAGACUAGCCUAAUAAAUCUACUAAUAAACAGCCAGUAUUACACUGAAUAUUUUUAUGAAUAAUUAACAUGUUUAGAAAGUAUGUAUCGUAGCUGUCCAAUGAAAAAGUAGUAUCUCCAUUUUAGUUUACUACAUAAUUUGAACAAACAGACUGGCCCUUACACUGUGCUAUUUUUUUUUUUAUAAACAGACCAAUAGAAAUACUUCAAAGUUACCUGAAAUAAACUCUUUUUACAUUGACUUCCAUUGAAAUGUUAGAAGGUUUUUUUACUCUCUCUUGUAAAGUUUCUUUUUUGGAGAUAAUUUUAAUUGGACAGCAAUGAUACGCAGAUAACAGGAAGCUUUAUAUGUAAUAAAUAGCCUUGGAUAGUUUGAGUCUAGUGUUUCUAAUGCUUUCUACUUUAUGCAGGAAAAUUUGUUGUUUUGGUGCCAUCUGGUGGUAGUUAAAUUUUAUAGUCUCAGAAAAACAGGAACUAAAUUAGGAAAAUCAGGAAUAUCCGUUAAAACGAGAUUUUAUUUUUUAUAUAUUUUUUUGUAAUUUACUUUUAAUUAUUCAUAUUCACAGCCUAGCUUUAUUUGGCUUAUUGGCCAAUAUUAUUUUGAAGUGAAAUAUCAACUUGAUUGUAAAAUACUGUUUUGCACACAUACCUGAGACAGAUGAAUAUUUGUAUUUUGCUUUCUCUUACUGUAGAAUACCUCACAUCAAUGUUAAAUCAUAGAAACACUCUAGCAAAAAGAUUACAUUUUUAGGACUAGAAACUUGUAUAAGCUUAAUAGGAAGGUAAACUUAUCAAUCAGAAUGUAACAGAGUAAUUUAGACAGCUGCCACGCCAAUGAUGAACAUAUUU